AUGCCGGCCGGCUUUCAGCAACUCGGAGGAGAGACGGUGACUGGAAGCCUCGCCCUAUCCGUCUUCACCGCCGUCCUGGGAUCGCUGGAGUUUGGCUACAACAUCGGCGUCAUUAAUGCCCCUCAGAAGAUUAUCGAGCGGGACUACAAUGCCACGUGGGUGCACAGGUACGGGCAGGCCAUCCCUACGGGGACGCUCACGUCACUCUGGUCCUUGUCGGUGGCCAUUUUCUCCAUCGGAGGAAUGUUGUCUUCCUUCUGCGUGGGCUUCGUUUCCGAGUGGCUGGGCAGGAGAAAAGCCAUGCUAAUCAAUAACCUGCUAGCGUUCCUGGGCGGGAGCCUGAUGGGUCUUUCCAAGCUGUGCCGCUCCUUCGAGAUGCUGAUCCUCGGCCGAUUCGUCAUCGGCGCCUACUGCGGGCUGGCAUCCGGUUUGACCCCAAUGUACGUGGGGGAGAUCGCUCCGACAGGUUUGCGGGGCGCUUUAGGGACGCUGCACCAGAUGGCCAUCGUGACGGGAAUCCUCCUGGCGCAGGUUCUGGGCCUGGAGCAGCUACUGGGAAGUGAGGAGUUGUGGCCAGUCCUACUAGGCCUGACAGUGCUCCCCACAGUCCUCCAGAUGGCGCUGCUGCCUUUCUGCCCGGAGAGUCCGCGGUUCCUCUACAUCGUCCGGUGUCAGGAGCACCACGCCAAAAGAGGCUUGAGGAGGUUGACGGGCCGGCAAGAUGUAGACGACCUCCUGGAGGAGAUGAAGGAGGAGAAGCGAAGGAUGGACAUGGAGCGUAAGGUGUCCAUCCCGGAGCUGUUUCGCUCCCCCCUGCACCGGCAGCCCAUGGUCAUUUCCAUCUUGCUGCAGUUGUCGCAGCAGCUCUCUGGGAUCAACGCGAUUUUCUACUACUCCACCAGCAUCUUCACCAAAGCCGGAAUCCAGAGUCCCGUUUAUGCCACGAUUGGAGCCGGAAUAGUAAACUGCGCUUUCACCGUGGUUUCGCUCUUCCUGGUUGAACGGAUGGGUCGGCGGACUCUCCACAUGCUAGGACUGGGCGGCAUGUGCGUCUGCGCCGUGGUCAUGACUGUAGCACUCAGCUUACUGGAAACCGUUCGCGCCAUGAGCUACGUUAGCAUGCUAGCCAUCUUCGGCUUCGUGGCCUUCUUCGAGGUGGGCCCUGGUCCCAUUCCUUGGUUUUUCGUGGCCGAGCUCUUCUCGCAGGGUCCCAGGCCUGCCGCCAUGGCCGUGGCGGGCUGCUCCAACUGGACCGCCAACUUCAUCGUCGGCAUGUGCUUCCAGUACAUCGCCGAUCUUUGCGGCCCGUACGUCUUCUUGAUCUUCGCCACCCUGCUCCUGUUCUUCCUCGUCUACACGUUCUUCCGCGUGCCCGAGACGCGCGGCAAAACCUUCGACCAGAUCUCGGCCAACUUUCACCGCAGGUUGCCCGACGCCAUGAUGGACAUGGACAUGGAACUCAACAAAACCAGCACCGAACUGGACUACUUAGGGGACGAAGAACUGAACUGA